AUGCCCCGUGCGAAAGCCAAGAUAACGCUUAAGGCAAAGCGUGCCAAAAGCAAGACGUCCGGGUCUAGCUCGAGACCACACGCUGCUUUCCGCAAGUGGGAUCACAUUCCCCGUCUCGUGGUGUUCGAUCUGGACUUCACGUUGUGGUUCCCUGAAAUGUACGAGCUGUGGGGAGCUCCGGGGAAACAGUGCCACUUCUUUGGAGCUGUACACACGGUAAUAUAUAAUCUGGAGACAGACCCCCAGUUCCGAGACACGACCGAGACCUGCAUGCGACUCAUGGACACAUCACUGCAGAGCAUCGUGGACUAUGAAGCCAUCUACCCGCGCAACAAGCGCGUGCAUUUCGAGCAACUCAAGAAAGACAGCGGCAUUCCAUAUGAAGAAAUGCUCUUUUUUGACAAUGAAUACGGCAACGUGCAUGACAUUCAGAAAAUCGGUGUAACGUGCGCGUAUUGCCCUCAAGGGCUCACAGAAGGGUCGUGGAUCCAGGGCAUGGAGGCGUUCCAAGCCGCGAAGACGAAAGAAACUAACUAG